AUGUCGACAAAUUCCAAGUCUCCAGAAAAUUCUUUAUUUGACAUACCUCCCAAAUCUCCUCUUCAAGAGAAAGAAAAGCGUGAUGACAACGUUGAUUGCAAUUCCUUGAACGAGAUAAUACUUACUCCAAUUACACCAUCUAACAAUUUUCUGUCACUUCACAAAAUUUGCAAUAUAAUUCAACAUUCCUCUCCAACUGAAUCACAAAAAUCAAUAAAUGGACCCAUUUCAAGAGAAGAAGAUAAAACGAAAUCGAAUCCAUUAGGAAGCGCGCAUCAUUUUAACGCACAAACUUCUAUUCCGACAGCAAGUACGGAAGAUAAUAUGUGUCAUAAAUUAAUUAAUGAUAAUGAGGAUAAUAACGGAAGCGAGAAGAAAUUUUCGGUUGUUAACGAUAACAUUCAUAUUAAAAAAGAAGAACGAGAAAAGAAUUCAAGCUAUCUAUUAAAUUCGCAAGAUGACAAGAAAGAAAUCUAUAACCAUACUUUAAGCUCCAAAAUUACGCGUGUUAAACUAUUGGAACCAAUGGCGACAGCGGAAACUCGAUGUACAAAUCCAUUGUGCUUACAAUGUCAAAACGCUCGACCUAAUCUGUCACCAAUUCAAUCAACCUCUAACUAUCCGUCUACAUCGAUUAACCCUAUUCAAUACUAUUUGGCUCUGCCAAAUAAUGAUUUUUACCCACAGGCACCUUGGAUUCUUCCUUCAUCCGUUUACACCCCGUCACAACCGCAAACUCCGCAUCAACAUGAACAAAAUCCAAGAUCUACCGAAGAAAAGACAAUAUAUAAUCAAACGAAUGUUCAGUCUAAAAGGAGGCGACGUAGAAAUAUUAAAGCCAUGAUAUACUCAGUAAAUGAAUCAACGACCAGAUCUGGAGAGCUUUAUCGUUGUUCAAAUUGUGGCGUGAGAGAAACUCCUGCUUGGAGAAGAGAUCUUCAAGGCGAUGCUUUGCUUUGUAAUGCAUUCUCAAGAUUAAAGGACGUUCUCGACCUGUUGAAAUUGGUUCGGACGGAGAGAUUCGUUUGGCGAGAUCUGGUAGAAUUAGUGUUGGACAAAAAUGUCAGGAUUGUGGAACAACCGAAACUCCAUGUUGGAGAGGACCUGUAG